AUGUCGUCUUUCAGAACGCCCAAGGUGAGCCUAGAGCCCGCUUCAACGUCCGGCCUGCGAACGCUUCCCGAAUUGGUCGACUUCCACGCCAAAAGCAACCCCAAGCACCUAUUUUGUCUCCAAGCCGACGCAAAUGCGGCUGGAAAUGGCCACAAUUUUGUGCCCUUGAGCUACGAGACGCUACAGCGCGCCAUCAUCCGCUGCCAGGCAUGGCUCAAGGAACAGGCAACCAGUCUUCAUGCACCGAAGACUGAAGCCGAUGGUAGCGUGAAUAAAUGCGCCCCCGUCGCGGUGCUCAUGGAGAGCCAUGUUGGCUUGGUCAUCUGUGUGCUCGCCUGUAUGGGCAUGGGCGUGCCAGUUGUCCUCCUGUCGGCGCGUCUGAGUGCGCCGUCCGCACGACAUCUUAUCCGCGAAACGGGCGUGAAACUUGCUCUUGUGUCUCCGCGCCUAUUGCCCCUUGCUUUCGAGGCAGUUGGUGCUGAAACUCAAGAUGGAAAAGAGAUCCCUGAUGAGAGCACGAUCAUGAUCCGCUCUGUAUCCGGCUACGAGUCGUUCCUUGCAGAUGAGCCCGCAGAAGACCAGAGUCACACCUUUCGCGCUGCCGAUGCGGAUCACUACGUUUCGGAAGAUGAUCGCCAGGGUUUUGGCUUCGUAUCCGUCUGCCUGUCCCUCAAUAUCGGCAAGACAUUUUGCGCCCCUGUACCUUCCACCAUCCCCAACGGUGCCAGCAUCGCAGCCCUCAUAGAGGACUCGCAAGCGAAGGCGUUAUUGACAGUUCCGUCUAUCUUGGAGGAAAUUGAGGGCUUGCCAGGUGGCAGAGGACAUGAUAUCCUUCGCAAGCUAGAUUACGCGGGCUUCGGUGGCGGCAGACCCAAAACCUCGGUCGGCGAGAGACUUGCACGUUCGGGCGUGAGACUCGUCGGCCAGUACGGUGCGACAGAGACUGGUCCAAUGACACCUUUUUUCGUGCCCGGCAAGGAACACGACUGGCGUCGACUGCGACUGCGUGCUGAUAUACUCGGACCGCUUCAAGUGAAGCUUGACCUCAUCGAUGCAGAUGCAGAAGAGAGUGCGCAGACCGAAUCCGAAGCAGAACGAUCUUACAGCUACAAGCUGAGCAUGAAGCCGUUUGGGUGGCAGGAGCGCUUCGAACUGCAGGAUAUAAUCGUAGCACGCACGGAAUGCGCCUCGGCCGAUGACGUGGGACAGCUGGAUUUUGUGAUUACGGGCCGCAAAGACGACCUGAUCUGUCUUGCCACCGGAGAGAAGGUGAGGCCAACGAUAUUGGAAUCCCUGCUCAGACAGCAUGAGGACGUGAGAGACGCAACUGCUUUCGGUGAAGGACAAUUCGAACUCGGUGUCAUUGUAGAGCCUGUCAGACCCGUCGAACCCAGCGAGAUGGCCAACUUCAAGGCGUCGAUCUGGCCGGCAAUUGAGGAAGCAGGCCGUCAAAUGGAUGCUCAUGCAAGAAUUACAUCGUCUACCGCGAUUCUCGUCGUCGCUCCCGAAGCGCUCCCGAGAUCAGACAAGGGCACUGUUCUCCGGAGCGCAGUGUCAAGGAAGUUUGCCGAUGAGAUGGCGGCAGUCUACUGUGAUCUUGAGGCAAGCAUGGUUGCACCACCAAUCGACCUAUCCUCGCCUGCGUCCAGUAUCAGAAAUCUCGUUACCCAGGACGUUCUGGGGUUAGACAACGGCCGUGAUUGGGAGGAUGACGAUGAUUUCUUUUCAGGCGGCAUGGAUAGCCUUCAAGCGACGAGACUACGAAGACUGCUGACGGCUUCACUGCGCGCAACGUAUGCCGCCUCUAAGCCUGAGACAGCCAACCUCCUCUCCGCGGACAUGAUUAAAGAUGACAUCGUCUACCGCAACCCUUCUGUGAAUAAGCUGGUUGAGGCACUGAUUCCCAGUUCGUCCAAGACAAAUGGAGUCAUUACCGAAACAAAGCUUAUCGAACAGCUGGUAGACAAGUAUUCCAGCAGAGGCAUUCACCGAGAGCAGCGAAAAUCCGUGGUAUUGCUCACAGGCGGCACUGGCAGUCUCGGGUCUUUCUUCGUUGGGCGGCUCCUUGCGGAUGAUAACGUGAGCAAUGUCAUUUGCUUGAAUAGACCUAGAAAAGGAAACCCUACAGAAGCUCAGAAACAUGCGGUAACGUUACGAAAAGUCUCUGUCGAUGAGAACGCUUGGAAGAAGUUGGAAGUCCACGAAACAAAUACUGCAGAUCAGUGGCUCGGCUUGCCAGAGGCCGAGUACCUGCGUCUCGCGGCUAGGGUAACUCACAUCGUACAUAUUGCGUGGCCCAUGAACUUCAAAAUGGGUCUGCAGUCGUUCGAGGCUUCAUUCUCAAGCUUGCUGAACCUCAUCCAGCUAGCGCGCCAAGCGAGCAUUCACCGGGCACAGAAGCCAAAGCUGUUACUGGUAUCCUCCAUUUCUACGGUGGGGAACUAUCCGUCAAUCAAGGGACAGACUUUGAUUCCCGAGACGUCUGUCGAGGAUCAAAGCUGGACGCUAGAUCUCGGCUAUGCCAAAGCCAAGCUUGUCUGCGAGAAAAUCAUCGAACGCACAGCACAGGACCAUCCUGAGAUAGAGGCGGCGGUGGUCAGAGUCGGCCAGAUUGCCGGCUCUACCACCGGCUACUGGAACGCUUCUGAGCACUUUGUAGCCCUUUGUGCUUCUUCUCAAAAGCUGGGGAAAUUUCCCGACCUGCGUGGGACCUUGUCGUGGCUGCCGGUCGAUAUAGCUGCCGAAGCCCUCAGCGAGAUUCUCUUCCAUCAAGAACCACUCAGUGCAGUCUACCAUCUAGAGAACCCAGCCCGGCAGAGCUGGGAGGAAGUUGUCAGACUGAUGUCUGAGGAACUACGGAUAAGCAGGUCGUCCAUCAUCCCGCUCGAGGCCUGGCUCGACUUGGUCGAUACUAUACCGGAACCAGGCAACCCUGCUGCAGGUCUCACGCGAUUCCUUCGAGAGGAUUUCGCCAAAAUGUCGUGUGGAUUUGUUGUCCUAGAUACCAGCAAUUCUCGCAAUACCAUUAGCAGACAAUCCGGCUACCAUAUCACGUUCUGUCUCAAGUUUCUGCUCGGCGACCUCGACAUGCUAUUUGCCGCUGUACUUUUGGGGCACAACGACAUCACAGAGAUAGCGUCGUAG